AGGUGCAAACGGGGCUCCCAGAUGUGAGCAGCACGUGGUUUCCCUGCGGCCGACCGACUUCCUGUCCCGCUUGGAGCGCUUCUUUGACUUUCCCCGCUCGCGGAGUGCUGGAUACACAUCACAUCCUCACCUCAGCACUUUCCCCCAAUCUGCACCGUGUGACUGGGGGGCAAACGAGCUGGACUCUGCUCCGCCGCCUUGUUUUUGCUUUACAGGCAGCAUAGCUGAUUCCUCCCCCUCAGCGCUCGCCUCCGUGUGGCUACCUGCGCCGACAAGGUCUCCCGACCCAGCACGUUCAGAUGGAGCUGUAAAGUUUUCCUUCCUUCCUUCCUCUGGUCGGGAAGCAACGCGCCACUCUGGAUAACGGGAUAGGUGACGGAAACGCGCAGCGGUGUUUCGACAGAUCGGCGCAAAUGCCAUUGCGAUGCUGUGGAUGUGAGUUCAAACGCAAGUUUCGCAACGACCGAGUCCUGUGAAGCACAAUGAAAGACGACUUUGCUGAUGAAGAGGAGGUGCAGUCCUUUGGUUACAAGAGGUUCGGAAUCCAGGAGGGUACGGAGUGCACCAAGUGUAAAAAUGACUGGGCGCUGCGGGCUGCUAUCGCGCUGCUCUACGUGCUGUGUGCCCUGCUCACCAUAGCAGUGGCUGUGCUUGGAUACAAAGUGGUUCAGAGAAUGGACAACGUCACAGAAGGGAUGCAGAACUAUGGCGGCAAGAUCAACGCCGUCGAGACAGACCUGAAGAAACUUGAUGAUCAGACAGGGGAGAAGUCGGAUAAUGCUUCCAGUGAGAUCCAGACUUUUAAGUCAGACCUUCAAACACUACAGAGCCAGCUGAAUGACGUUGCCCGAAGGGCAACUAGCAACCGUGCCAUACUUGAUGAACUUCAGGUGACUGGAGAGGACAUGCAAAGUCGCCAUGUCUCACUGCAGAGUGUUUUAGAUGGCAAUGCCGCUUCUCUGCGAGGGGUCAACAGGUCCCUGGCCUCAUAUAGCAGUAUGAUUGACGACCUUCAGACAGACACUGCGUGGCUCCAGUCAGAGCUCCAAGGCCAAGCCCGAGAGCAGAGCCAAACCCAGGUUAGCAUCAAUGCCCUGAACAUCACACAGGCUCAGCAGCGCAACUUGCUCAGCACCCUCCAGAAGACAGUGGAGGAAGCAGGCCAGGCUGUGCAGAAGCUGAAGAAUGACUACCAGGGUCUACAGCAGACAGCCAGGCAGACCCGGGCCGACGCUGACUGGCUAAAGGAGAAGGUGCAGAACCUCCACAUCCUGGCAGCUAACAACUCAGCUCUGGCCCGGGCAAACGGUGACUCCCUGGAUGACAUGAGCACCCAGCUCAGUACACUGGCCAACCAGAUCCAGAACACCUCAACCAUCACAGAGGGACACGAUCAGAGCUUGCGUGAGCUGAUGGAUCGCCAGCGAGACUACGAUAACAGCACCUCGACCAAGUUUGAUGAGAUGGAAGCGCGCUUAGACAGACAUGAGGGGGACAUGGACCGUGUGACGGGAAACGUAAGCUUUGCCUCACAGCUCCUAGGCGCUAUCAGCUCUGAUCUGAAUGGCAUACGAUCCUGCACGGAGACGGUGACUCGCCAUUCGGAUCUGCUGCUGAUGCUGAACGGGAGCGUUGCUGAGGCCAAGACUGAUAGCAAUGAGCUGCGGGCCCAGCAGGAUGAGCUGACGGCCAGGCUGGACAGAGAAGUCAGCAGCCUGUCCAUGGUCAUGGAGGAGAUGAAACUAGUGGACAGCAAGCACUCACAGCUCAUCACCAACUUCACUAUCCUGCAGGGCCCCCCAGGUCCACGGGGCACCAGAGGUGACAGAGGAUCCCAGGGUCCAGUAGGUCAGUCGGGGCAGAAGGGUGACAGAGGGGACAAAGGGGUGCCAGGAACACAGGGAUCUAAAGGAGAGAAGGGCGCAGCAGGACCCCCAGGGGUGCCUGGCCCUAAGGGUGCAGCUGGGGCUCGUGGCAGUCCUGGAUCCAAAGGAUCCAGAGGAUCUGGGGGUCGGCCUGGACCCCCUGGGGAAAAGGGUGAGCCUGGUACCACGGGGCUCAUUGGCAGGAAUGGACAGCCAGGGCCUCAGGGAGUGCAAGGGCCCCAAGGCCCAAGAGGGCCAGCAGGUACUCCAGGGUUAGAGGGACCCCGUGGGCCUAUUGGACCCAUUGGUCCCCCUGGUCCCCCUGGGCUGCCAGGGCUCCCCGCACUGCCUGCUCCACCCCCUCUACCACCUUUAACUCCUUUAAUCCCACAACAACCCAAAUCACCUCCAGUUCCCAAGCCCCCCCAAGAGCCACAGGCAUCUGUGUCUCAUCAACUCCAGCCACCUGUUCCAACCACCCCCGUGUCAAGAUGCCAACCCCAGUGGAGAGAGUUUGGAGACAGCUGCUACUAUUUUUCAGAUAAUAAGAAACUUAAUUUUGAGGAGACCAAAGCGUUUUGUGCCAAUAUGACAUCCUCUAUGCUUAUUAUCAACAACAACGAGGAACAGCAAUGGGUGAAAAGGCAGAUCGCAGGAAAGGGCUACUUCUGGAUGGGCCUGACCGACAUUGAGGAGGAAAAUGUCUGGAAGUGGGUGGAUGGGACCAUACCCACUUACACGAAGUGGAAGCCUGGCCAGCCUGAUAACUGGGCCCAUGGCCACGAGGAGGGAGAGGACUGCGCUGGCUUAAUUCAUGAGGCCAACUGGAACGACUUCUUCUGCACUGACCGCAUCGGCUAUAUCUGCGAGCGUACCUCUAUCUUGAAAGCACCUGUUUUAUAGCAUCAGCGUAUGAAAACGUGACCCAUCUCUUGGAAAAGCUGAAGAGGAAGAACACUUAGGAUAAUGAAGGACUUGGGAAGAUGCUUUAGACUACUAGACUAGUCUUGGUCUUGGUAGAGCACCUCCCAGGCUGGUCUGACAAACAGAGAUGAGGACUGAUCCUGUAUCACUGUCUCAAAAGACACUUUGCUUCAGCAGUGCAAAGACAGGAAAUGCACAAACCCAACCCACUGUUACAAUUCAAUAUUUGUACUGAAGGAAACAUAAGAAUGUAAUCAUUUCAUAUGGCUAUACUGAAUGAUUCAUUUGUGCAGCCACUGUUGUAUAAUUGUUUGUGUAAAUAAUGAUUAGAUACAGCAUUAGUUGUGAUGAUAGAAUGUCAUAUCUUAAAUGGAUUAUGUUGUACCUCUUGACUAUUUUCUCAUGUUCUUCUCUAUUUUGGAGUGUUUUUGGAUUAUUUCAAAAUCUGUGAGAGAAAUAUGUUGUCAGUAAAGCAGCAUUAUUUUUAUAUCAUGUAAGAUGUAGUCCACAUACUCAGCAAUAUGUACAGAAACACGCCCUUUAGAAAAUGUCAAAUGAUUAAAAAAAUUUUUUUUAAAGAAAACUCCCCCUCAUUUUCAACAAGUUAAUGCAACUCUAAAGCAAUGCAAUGAAGGCAGAGUUAUUGUAAUUUCAGAUGAAAUUCAAAUGUCAAAAUUGUACACGAAGGAAUUUCCUCUAAGAAUAGAUAUUUUAAGUGAGCAAUGCCGCUGUUUUAGAGAUUCUGUUGCUGUUUUAUGGGGGAAGGACAUUUCUUCUCAGACUUUAGACUGCCAAUGUUAAGGUCAUAUUAGCCACACUUAACAAUAUGUAGUUUUUGAGAUGUAGCCACCCUAAGGUGACUUGUCCAUAAAGCCAAAUACAAUACGUGAGGAUGUUACCGUUUUGUAUUUCCCAUAGUUUUAAUAAAUUGUUAUUACUGACUUUACGAGUGACAGAUCUACACAAAACGAUACUAUCUAGCUCACUGCACAGAGUAUUGGAUUGUAGUCUAGUUUACUUUCUCGAACCUCCACAACAAAUUUCAAGGUUUCCACAGAUUCAGAACACGUCAUGUAUCACCAAUAAAAUGGGACA